UCAAUCAAUCAGAAGUUUGUGGUCAUGUCCGCAACAAUACGUCGAUCAUGGUAGAACCUAGAGUCUUCAAACAUGGUCAUACGGUAUUCUGCAGAGCUAUAAGAACCCUCCCAGUUUGAACAAGCAUUUAUCAAUCUCCACUUUAUCUUCCUGACAGUCUUCUAACGAUGUCUUUUCCCUCAUGUGUACCUCUACUAGUCCUUAAGAAAGGUAUCGUUACUCUCGACGCGUCUCCGAAUGCUAUUUGCGCCCCUCGGAAUGGAAGGCGCGUUCUCAUUGUUGGCGGAGGCGUCACUGGUUUGACCUCUGCCUGGGUCUUGCUCGAUGCGGGGUACGACGUUACCGUUGUGGCUGAGCAGUGGGCGCCGGCAACGCCACGUAUCCCAUCUCAGAUUGCUGGAGCGCUAUGGGAGUACCCUCCAGCCGUUUGCGGAAAACACACCGACGCGACUUCAUUGGCUCUGUCCAAGGGGUGGUCGUUGACGUCUUACCGCAUUUUUGACCAGCUGAGCAAGUUUCUGCCUGCCGUCAAAAUGCGCACCGCCAAUUUCUUCUUCGGCAAAGCAAUUGAAGACAUGCCAGAGCAGCUAAACAAGAUGCGAGAAAUUGAGGUCUCAUGCAUCAAAGAGUUCGUCAGGGACCCCGAUUUGAUCUCGAAGCAUGCUGUCAACCAGCACGCUGGUGUUGUUGAUGCAUAUUCGCAUUUGGCGCCUGUGAUUGACACAGAUGCAUACAUGGUUUGGCUCAGCAACCUGGUGGCCACCAAAGGUGCCAAGCUGAUGACCCAACGCAUCAAUGGGGACCUGUUGAAUUCCGAGCAUGAAUUACUUCAGACAUACGGAGCGGUGGCCAUUGUCAAUGCCACAGGUCUCAACUCCCUGGAGGCUGCCAGCGACAAGGCCUGUUAUCCUUUGCGCGGUGCUUUGAUUCGUGUAGUCAAUGAUGGGAAGCAGUUUCCUAAGGUCAAAGAAGCCUUGGCCGUAACCCACGACAACGAGCUCAGUACUGAUCAUGAAGACAUAGUAUUCAUUGUUCCCCGGAAUGACAAUUCAGAGCUGAACCUCAGCCUGGAUUCUCCCGAGAUCAAGCGUAUGCGUGAACGAUGCAAUAAGUUUGUUCCCGGGCUUGAGAAUGCAGAGUACGACCCGGAAGCGCCCUUUGUGCAAGGGCUUCGACCGACGCGUGUCGGGAACGUACGUGUUGAGCGAGAGCGUCGGCAGAACAAAUCGAAUGGCGGAAUUAGCCGUAUAGUUCAUUCAUAUGGGCAAGGAGGCUCAGGUUUCUCGUUCUCCGUGGGAUGUGCAAUUGAUAUAUUGCACUUGAUUAAUCAAGUUAUUGAACUUGCUACGACAAAGUCGGAUGUGGUCAUGGAGUACCCAUUGGCGCGUGCCAACUUGUAGGCUUGCAUGUCGACCUAAUAAUGUAAUUGUAUUACCGUUCUCAUCUCUUCUGGUUCCUUCACUGUGACCUUGGAUCCUUCCACAGCCUGCAGGCUGCGAGUGGACAAAAACUACACUCC